AGAAGCGGAGCAGCAAAGCAGCAUGGCGGCUGACAUGAGAUUACCAGCCAUGAGAAAACUAGUAUCUGUUUGUCUUUCCACUGGGGACAGAAGAGAUUUGGUCGUACCCGGCGAUGUGAUCACGUCAGACUCUGGUUUCAUGAGGGGCCAUGGUACUUAUGUGGAUGAGGAGAAACUGACUGCUUCUGUGGCUGGAGAAGUGCAGCGAGUGGACAAACUCAUUUGUGUGAGACCACUCAAGACUAGGUUCAACGGUGAGGUUGGUGAUGUGGUGGUUGGCAGAAUCACAGAGGUACAACAGAAACGAUGGAAGGUAGAGACAAACUCCCGACUGGACUCCGUCCUUUUGUUGUCUUCCGUCAACCUGCCUGGAGGAGAGCUGAGGAGAAGAUCAGCAGAAGAUGAGCUCACCAUGAGAGAAUAUCUACUUGAGGGAGACCUCAUCAGUGCAGAGGUGCAGUCUGUCUUCUCAGAUGGCGCCUUGUCGCUUCACACUCGUAGCUUAAAGUAUGGGAAACUCGGCCAGGGGGUGCUCGUCCAGCUUUCUCCGUCUCUCAUCAAAAGACAGAAAACACAUUUCCACAACCUCCCGUGCGGGGCCUCCAUCAUCCUAGGUAAUAACGGCUUUGUGUGGCUGUAUCCCACACCGGGACAGCAGGAGGAGGAGGCCGGGGGCUUCUACACCAGCCUCGAGCCUGUCAGCCUGUCUGACCGUGAGGUCAUUUCCCGGUUAAGGAACUGCCUGCUGGCUUUGGCGGCGCACAGGUUCCUACUGUUUGACACCAGUGUUCUCUACUGCUAUGAAUCUUCACUACAACACCAGGUUAAAGACAUUCUGAAACCAGAAGUGAUGGAGGAGGUUGUAAUGCUGACACAACAGAAGCUUAUUGAACAGGAAGGUUAAAUUGGGAGUCGUUUACAGCCGGCGUUGAGUCACACGCUGACCAAAUCAACUUUACAAACAUUUCCCGUUUUUGUAUGCUCUCUGCUGUUGGAAUGCCAACAAGUAAAACUUAUUUUUGUGACUUUGUAAAACAACAACAACAACUGUAUGCGUGUAUGCAAUAAAAUGUCUUGUGAUUUUUAGUCUUGCAUGACUCACAGGUAAUGACUGACUGCACUGGUUAUGUUUGUGUACUGUGAAUAAAACUGUCCAUAAACCUG